UGUAUUUUUUUGGGAUAAAAUGAAAAUAAAUAUUUAAAUUUAAACCAUGUUGUUUUGCUUAGUGAUGUCAUGGAUGAUGUCAAUUUCAUUGUCCAAGUCUUUUUGUAUAAUAACUUUCUUCCUGAAGAGCUGACAAAGCUGGUCUUAUUAAACAUAUUUAUUUUUUGUAUUCUUCUUUUUGCCUUUUUCAAUUAUUUUAAUUAUUUCUUUUUAUCCUUAAAAUCAUAUUAAUAAAUCUUUUAUUCUGUAUGAAGAUUAAUUCACCUGUUGAUGUCAACUAUUCUUGAAAAUAAUAUAACUAAAGGGUCAACUUUUUUCUGAUUGGAGCACUUCACAUCUUUGAUAAAUCAAUUAAAAAAAAAAAAAAAAAUUGCUUUUGACCUGUCACAAAGUAAUAGUGCAUUAUCACAAUCAUAAGGGUAAUGGGUUGGUAUAUAUAAUUAAAAAUCUGGGUUUAAAUUUUAAUUAUAUUUUUUUAUUAUCCACAAUUAAAGAUUGCCCAUUUUCAAGAAUCCAGAAGUAACUGAAUCUUGGCCGCUAGCCACUUUAUUUAAUUAUUUAUUAAUUAAUGAUUUUCCAGUUAACAAAUAGAAUAAUUAACAAGUUGGCCGGUUUUUCUUCUUCUCUUAUAGAUGAGUUUUGAGCUGAGAAAUAAUUUUACUUACAGCUUCUGUAAGCAUAACAAUCCAACAAACCAAACAUGGGUUUUUGUCUGAAUCUAUCCAAGCAACUCUAUAAUCUCUUUAGGUAAAUAUUUGAUCAAGAAUAGCCUUCGACUUGGGUUGACUAAAACGAGUUGGACAAAAAAUAACAAAACAUUUAUAAGAUGCAAAUGUUUUCGGACAAAGAAUCGGGGCGAAACACUGCUGAUUCAUCAUAUAAGGCCUUGUUUGGCAGUCACUUGCCUAUGUCGUUCACAAACAAAGAACCGGCGUUUUCUCUUUCAAAGAGUGUCUCGAACGAGACGGCAACCACAGCAGAAGGUGAUUAUCAUGUGAAGUUAUCUGAGUCGACUCAGUAUCAAGAACACGAUUCCUCGUCAACUCUUUCAUCUGGACAGUCUCAUCAUAAGGCAGCCACUUCAGCAAAAAGCAACUUUCACAUGCAAAAUUCGACGUUUCAGCCUGGUAAUAAAUUUUUAUUGUACAUAGGUUCGUUGGAUUGUACGAGACCGUUUUUGCUGUAUGGAAAUCAAGAUUUCGUCGGGCAUCAUGUUCAAACAGAACAUCAUCAAUCGUUGGGUUACAUUUCUUACCCUUUGGGUGGAUCUUGUUACGGCAGGACUGGAGCUGCUUACGAACCAAAUGCCAUUGUUUAUUCUCAAAUGAUCGGUGUUGCACCACAAAGAAUUGUGCUUCCUCUCGAUUGCACCGAAGGUAUCCCCGUUUAUGUAAAUGCAAAACAAUACCAUGCCAUUCUCAGGCGUCGACAAAUUCGAGCCAAACUCGUGGCUCAAAACAAGUUGGCCAAAUCUAAAAAGCCAUAUCUCCACGAGUCUCGUCACCGGCAUGCAUUGAAGAGGGCUCGUGGCUCCGGUGGACGUUUCUUGAACACGAAAAACAUGCAACAACAAAAUCUUACUUCAUCAAUCCAAACGAAUCACAACAACCUAUGCGAGACCGACACCUGGCAAAUCUCCAUCGCAUCUGGCUCCGAUGAAGAUGCCCCUCCUUGCAUCUUCAACAACGACGGCGACUUUUUCCAGCAACUUGAUUCGAAAUCAAGUGGGGUUCACUCGCAUUUGGCGGGGACCGACGACAGGCUCGUGUUGCUAUCCAUGGACAUACGAGCGCGCACAGAUCAGCACUGUCACGUGAUUGGUUGUGCUCUCUAACCUAACCGGCAGUUCAUCCUUGGCUAUUGUGUUACUGCUUCAUUUCCGGUACCGAAACUUGAUCGAUGGAGCAUAAUCAUGCUCUCGACUUUCUCAAUUUCGUAAAAUGCGUCUUGAACUCGAAAUCUGAAAUGUACCUCAUGUGUUUACAUUUUGGAUUAAGCUUUGCUUAUUUGUCUUAUUUUGUUGAAUAAUUAAGGUUGUUUUUCAUCUCUGAUCUAUGUAUUUAAUUCAAGAAUCA